CAUUGGCUAGUUAAUCAACGUCUUGGUUUGGCUGGGAUAUCGGCACCUGGAAGUGUAACAAUGCAAGGAGGAUCAUCUGGUAUUGGUUAUGGUCUCAAAUAUCAGGCUAGAUGCAUAUCGGAUGUUAAAGCUGACACAGAUCAUACUAGCUUCCUCACUGGAACUCUCAGUCUCAAAGAAGAAAAUGAGGUGCAUUUGCUUAGGCUUUCAUCAGGUGGAACCGAGCUCAUAUGCGAGGGUCUGUUCUCGCAUCCUAACGAGAUCUGGGACCUUGGUUCUUGCCCGUUCGAUCAACGCAUUUUCUCAACUGUCUUCUCCUCUGGUGAAUCAUACGGAGCAGCAAUAUGGCAAAUCCCUGAGCUGUAUGGUCAGUUAAAUUCACCUCAGCUGGAACGAAUUGCCGCGCUUGAUGCACAUGUUGGUAAGAUUAAUUGUAUUCUUUGGUGGCCAUCUGGAAGACAUGAUAAGUUGAUAAGCAUUGACGAGGAAAAUCUUUUCUUGUGGAGCUUAGAUUGCUCAAAAAAGGCUGCCCAGGUACAAUCUAAAGAAUCCUCUGGCAUGCUGCACUAUUUAUCUGGUGGGGCAUGGGAUCCACAUGAUGCAAAUUCUGUUGCAGCAACUUGUGAAUCAUCAGUCCAGUUUUGGGACUUACGAACAAUGAAGAAGACAAAUUCAAUUGAGCAUGCUCAUGUCCGCAAUAUGGACUAUGACACAAAGAAGAAGCAUAUACUUGUCACUGCAGCAGAUGAAUAUGGGAUACACAUAUGGGAUCUUAGAAAGCUGAAGGUACCUAUCCAAGAGCUCCCUGGACAUACACACUGGACAUGGGCUGUCAGCUGUAGUCCUGAAUAUGACGGGCUCUUACUGAGUGCUGGAACAGACUCAACCGUUAAUUUGUGGUUGGCUUCCAUGUCUAGUAGUGGGGACGAGCCAUCUGAGAGGUUCCCUAUUUUGGUCCUUGCAUUGCAAUUCUUUUUGUUGCAUCUUAUUCCCUGUUUGAUUUCUUCUGUUGAUAUUGGUUUAUAUUGUGUUUGUGACAGCUCAAUAGAAUCACCAACUCGAAGGGCCAAUCCAUUACUUAAUUCAUAUAGUGACUAUGAAGACAGUGUAUAUGGCCUUGCUUGGAGUUCUCGUGAACCUUGGAUUUUUGCGUCUCUGUCAUAUGAUGGGAGGGUAGUUGUAGAAUCAGUAAAGCCUUUCCUUUCUAAAAAAUGAAGUUGAACAGAAAUUGUCCCUUUACAUCUCUUGCGAACCUGGUUGGUCUCCAUUGCUUAAGAGACGUACCAGAGAGAACUUCAACGGAUAAUGAGAUCAAUUACAUCCAGUGAUACUUAAGUAUAAUGGAUCAAGGAAGAGCGUAGUACCCAACAGAAACUUCCAUGAAGAACGUGAUGUUUUGAAAAUGGAUUACUUGUGUGUUUUCUACUCUUAUGUUAAUCAAGUCUAUUCGCAGAUUGUGGUUUAACUAACAUUUCAAACUGUUUUCAAGGUUUUUGCCAGUCAUCAAACUUCACUGUCU